AGUAAACACGCGUCCGCAGAGCGAAACCCGACGAGACUUUACGAAGGCGAACGAAUUUCCCGUGAUAUUCACCACCAUUCACCGGGAGCGGUAUCAUGAGAGAUGUGUGUGUGUGUGAACCCCGGUAGCGAUAGUCUAGGCGGUGUGUCAUUGCCUGUCGGUGUGCCGCGAUAGUAACAGCUGAGAAAAAAUAAGUAAAAACAAUAACAACGGUAACGAGAAAAGUAAGGAAGAAAGUAAAGGGACUUGUUCCCGGUUUUCUGCAGGGAGCAAAGUGCUCAGAGUAUUGAAAAAUAGUCAAUGUGCAGCUUGUUUUUCGACAUUGUACGCCGUAAUCGAGUGGAAAAAUAAGCCGAUCCCGUGAUUCCGGCUUUUCGCUAAGGCGAGUUGUCGGGGCGAAGUUUUAAAAAUACCGGGGUGGUAAGACGCCAAGGAUUUGUUGUUGAUUCAACGGGGCAAGGAUUUUGAUGAGGAAUAAUACCUGCGGUACGCGAAAAGUUGUAAAAUAAGUCGGUGACAUUUCGAGAUAUCUUGUAUUAUAUAAGAUAUCAACCCUUGAAUUAUAUAUCAGGUCGUUGAGUGAACUUAUCGUCGGUAACGUUAAUGAUCGCGGGUCGCAUGAAACAAAAAAAGAGACCGAUGAAUCGGUACUUAUAAAUAGCGGUAUAUCGACGAUCCGUAAGAAACAGCUGACGGGAUUAAAGAGGUAUGGAAAAAAAGGUCUGAGAAGUGGGUGUAAUGAUGCACGAAUAAUAUCAAAAAUUGAGCGCUUCUUCUUUGAGAAACCGGUACCGGAUAUUAUAAAAACAAACGUGUCAAGGUGUUUAAAGAGAGAAAAAAUCGAAAUGAAUAUAAAAGGCGUAAUGAGCGCUUGAGUGACAAUCGAAGAGGAAAAAACACCGUAGUUUUAUCCUGUAUUGAAAAAAUUUCCAAAUGAACAAGAAUAUUGCUAAGAAAAAAUCAUCAUCGUGCUCUUAACCGUGCUGAUAAAAUAUCGAGGGUAACGAGAAAGAAAUAAGGAAUAACUGGGCAGCCGACAAAGCCAGGAGGCGGAGCGAAUAAUUAUUUGGCAAAUAAGUUUGUAAUUAAAGAGAAUCCGAAUGUCCGAGGCGGAAGCCAAGCCAGCGUCGCCUGCGCCAACUCCGGGCAACAACCCGGCAGCCAGCAUCGUCCUGCAGACGCCGGUCCUCCAGGUAGCCUGCAGGAUGCUGCGAUCCCCGAGCCACGAGAGCGUAACGACGGAUAUUUCGCUAUUCAGCGUCUCUUCGUCGGCCAGCGAGGCCCGUGGCAAUCGGCUCGCACCUUUCAAAUCGUACAGCGACGCUCACCUGGCCAGCAGAGGCCCGUCGCCCAAUCCCGAUAAUCGCCAGAUCCAAGCCAACAGGCAGGCCGACAUACCGGAAAUCCUCUGGUUCGAGGAAGAAACGGAGCUGAUCCGAAGCUGCGGAGCACUCUCCUCGGCACUUGGGUUACAGAAGAGCUUCAGCACCAGUGACGUCUUCCAGUUGCCGAGUCCGGACGCGGGAUGCUCGCGAAAGCUUCGUUCCGCCGUCUCCGCCCUCGCCUUGGACACCGCUCACAGGGACGGGCUUCUCCUCGAGCAGGCGAGGCUCGACCACGCUUCGAGGUCCUGCAGUACUUGGGUCGCCGUCGGCGACGUUGGGACCACGUCUCAGCUGCCAAGUCCUCACGGUGGGACCGUCCAGCCGGCGCCACCCGCCCCGAAUCACCAUACGAACUCCAUGCCGUUCACGGCUGCCGACCUCGUCAGGUCCGUCAACAAGAAGGUCCGCCAGAAUUACAUUCGUCGAAGGUUGCUGACGACGUACAGAGCGAUGGAACGCCUUUCGCAGAGUGAGUUCAAUCUGGACAGAUUGGAGGCGGCGGCAUCGGCGGCGCAGUCGAGUCCAGGAGCGACGCUGUCGGUUCCGGGUACUUCGCUGACUUCCGGUUCGGUGCUCGCAACCUCUCGGAAGGGGAAAAACCUCCCGUUGACCGUAAGCGACGUGGAGAGGGAACGCGGCAAACAGUUGUCCAAGUACGAGAGGAACAUGAUGAUAUUCAACUGGCUCCACACCCUCGACGACACGGCUAUAGACAGUUUGGAGUAAUUUCAACGAUAUAUAUAUAUAUACCUCCGAUACGCCGAUGAUGCAAUUGCAUUCGUGCGUGAACCAUGCGAUGCUUUCGUCUCGUGGGCGGGUGUGUGUACGUGUGUGUAGGUGGGUGGACGGUUGAGGGGGGAUGAUUUCCAUUAUCGAAAACCGAUAUUUCAUUUUCUACUUCGCAAUGGUUACUUUCCACUCUGUACGUUACGUGUUAUCCGUACCUAGAUUGCAAAUUAACUGCAUGGGUUUGAUGGUUUAUUCGAUUUAUAGAUUGCACUUGUCUACCUGCAGUCAAGUUUUGUAAUGACGCGUGUUCCACGGUGCGGAAGGACAACAUUGUGCAAAAAAUUGGAUGGACGGAUGGCGCAUAAAAAACUGAAUAGGUAUAUGUAUAGGUAACGCUUCCGACGGAGGCGUGAUGGAUUCUCUGCAUCUAUUAAUCUGUAACACAAUUAAUUUCCCUUGCACUUUAUCGCUGAGAUGAUCAGUUAUAAAAUAAGCCUAAGGGUACGGAUAUAUGAGAUUCAUGUUGUUUUUUUUUUUGUGUGUGCGUGUAAAUAUCUAGGUAAUCGAUAAAUUAUAUGUGUAGUUACUAAACGUGUUCAAGGAUAUAUAAUAUAGAUUUUACAGCAAUUAUAAUAGCGAAUUGGGUACGUGUUUAAGAAUUGAUGACGAACAAGAGUUUUUUUUUUGUAGGCUGCAGUCACACAGUAUUUGCAAAAUAAUACCAGGAACAAAAUUUUGCGAUCAAUGAUCUCGUUCGAGAUUUGAAAAGGCUAGGUAACUGGAAAAUGUCUAAAUUAUCGGUCUAUUUUUUUAUUAGUUAUAUAUGCCUUAUCUAUUUUUCGGUGUGAUGAUAAUAAAAGUUUCGAGUACAAGUGGAAACCGAAAGAUCAAGAUUAUCGUAUUGUAUGAUGUAAUGACGCGGCAGAGAUGCCAGAAGAAUAUAGUGAGAAACAAAAAUUAAUUGUAAUAAUAUAUAUUUAUUACAUUACUUACGUGACAUUUUUCGCGGCCGCAUUUACCGUCCUUUACUCGCGUCCGUUAUAUUUCCACACUAACGUGAUACAAUUGUUGGAUAUACGUACCUUUCGAGAACCAUAUCACGAAUAUAUAAAUAUGAAAAUUCAUGGUUUGCGUCACAAAUUUUCUGAUACUUCCGAAUUUAAUUUUUUCGAAUCCGUUACACACAUGAUGUGGUAUUACACAUUGAUCGGAGUAUCGAGUGACAUGUACCCCCCUCCCCAGAAAAAAACACUUUGAAUGAAUAUUUUUAGAUUAAAUUAUAAGUGAUUGUAUCAUGAUUCGUAACCUAUAAUGUGCGUUCCUAUAUCAAAGCCUUAAGUGUUACACAACUGUAAAUAAUAAUAUUUUAAAAGUAAACGAAGAAAAGAAAAGUAGAAGAAACUCAACCGAUUUCCAUGAUACGUUUCAAUCAAUGUUAUACCGCAGAAACAGUGAAACCUAAUUUUUAGCAAGUCUUAACAAUGCCUUGCAAUUCUUAGUUGCUGAUUAGGCGAUAAUUUUGUAUUUGUAAACCGAAUCUACUUAUGAAAGUAUCUAAAAAAUGUUGUAACACCGAAUGGGCAUCUAUAAAUCAUACGGUAUACAACACUGCAACAAAUAUCGAUAUGGAUACUGAUUUUAUUAAGUAUAGAAUCUCGUGAAUGUGAAGAAAAAAGAGUGAGAACGUAUUGUUAUUGCACACAUCCUGUCGCUGAAUUUGUUUACAUUAUUAGUAAUGUUUAUAAGACGAGUUUACCCCUAAAAUGUCGCUAGAUAUAUAGCUCCGUUAUCCGUACAGGUACGUAAAUUAGAACGGAGGUCGGAUAGCGAAUAAUUUUCUGUAUUAUAUUUGGUACGUAUUUUAAUUACAUCAUUUACGCAAGCGUCAACCACUGCUGUGUCAGGAAUCAUUUAGUGACGACGCUUAACAUUAUCCUAAUAAUAAAAAUUACAGAAAAUAUUAUCUAUUAAUUUUAAUCAUUACCUGGGUAAAAACACAUACACCACCUUCUCCUCUUCAUACAAAUAACUCGCAACUAUAUGUUGUUGUUUUUCUAGUCCAACUGUAGGAAAAAAAAACUCGAUCGAACGUACAUACAUACGUCGUUAUUCAAGCAAUCGAGACUAAUUGCAAAUAAUUUCGUCCAGAAUCGUACCGUAGUAUCUACAUGGAAAAAUAAAUCAAGAAUAAAACCUAUCAUACUCUAGCGAAGCAAAAUUAUGAUCAGAUUACUAUUCACUGUUUCGUGUAGAGAAGGAUGUGA